ACCGCCGCCGGACGCGUGUGCGACUUUGGCGCGAGAACUUUAGAUUUGUAUUCUUUUCGUUUAUGGUCUGUGUUGAUACCUAAUUUUUGUGAACUUUUAUUUGUUUAGUCCGUAGACGCGUAGUAGUCAUAUUGAGUUAAACUCGUACUUUUCAUAUUUUACGUGCCCCCUGGCGAUCCGUCGCGGACGACCACCGGCGGCGUGUGCCCCCGAGGGGCCGGUUCGGAUAUCCUUAAAUAGAUUUCACUGGAGUCGAAAGCAAAUUGGAACUAUAGUAGUAUCAGUGGUCGUGAUUGUGAUCAAAGUAGUUGGUAACCGGCGGUAACGGUAGUGGCGGAGGUGGUGGCGGUGGAGGAGGAACCAUGCGAAAACCAAAGAAAUGUCACUGUUCUUGCAAAACAUAUGUGUGUCUAUGUGCCAUAUCCCGUGCUUGUUGAGUCAACAGUGGCUGCAUUGGUAGUAGUCAUAGUGUCACCGAAGAAACGUCAUAAUUUAACUGGUCUCGUGAGGAAUAAGAGUGAAAAGUGACACUUUCGACCGAGUAAAUAUCAAUGGGGUGGAAGAUUGGCGUGUGGAUGAUACGAUCCACGGUCGAGGUGCAUCUGGAUUCAAUUGCAGAUAUGAGAACGCCAUGUUAAGGUUUGUCGGGCGUAGUGGUACGACCACUGCGGUAAUCGGAGCUCGACCAAGGGUGACGUUAAACGGUGGCUCCAGUGGUUUCGUUUUGUUCAGGUUAACAUGGUAGGUGGUCACCAGCCGCAAUCGACGGGAGGCGCCAGCUGCACGGGCACUAUGAUGAACAUACUGAACAUAGACGCCGAGAACCGGGUGGUGCUGAACGUCGGCGGCAUCAGGCAUGAGACCUACAAAGCAACCCUGAAGAAAAUACCCGCCACAAGAUUGAGUCGGCUGACCGAGGCGCUGGCCAAUUACGACCCAGUGCUAAACGAAUACUUCUUUGACAGACAUCCAGGCGUGUUUGCUCAGGUCCUCAACUAUUACAGGACGGGUAAACUUCAUUACCCGACGGAUGUUUGCGGGCCAUUGUUCGAAGAGGAAUUGGAAUUUUGGGGUCUGGACGCGAAUCAAGUAGAACCCUGUUGCUGGAUGACCUACACUCAGCACAGAGAUACGCAAGAAACGCUCGCGGUUUUAGACCGGUUAGACUUAGAUACAGAAAAGCCUAGUGAUGAAGAAAUGGCUCGAAAAUUCGGUUUCGAAGAGGCGUUCUUUCAGGGUAGACUCACCUGGUGGCAGCGUUUCAAGCCCCAGCUGUGGUCCAUGUUCGACGAACCGUACUCGUCGAAUGCUGCCAAGAUCAUCGGCAUCGUGUCCGUGUUCUUCAUAUGCGUGUCGAUCCUGUCGUUUUGCCUGAAAACGCACCCGAACAUGCGGGUGCCGAUCAUCAAGAACAUCACGGUGAACACGUCGCACAACACGACCGCCUGGGUGCUGGACAAGACGCAGACGAACGCGCACGAGGCGUUCUUCUACGUGGAGUGCCUGUGCAACGCGUGGUUCACGUUCGAGAUCCUGGUGCGGUUCAUCGCGUCGCCGAACAAGUGCGAGUUCGUCAAGGCGUCGGUGAACAUCAUCGACUACAUCGCCACGCUGUCGUUCUACAUCGACCUGAUACUGCAGAAGUUCGCGUCGCACCUGGAGAACGCCGACAUACUCGAGUUCUUCUCCAUCAUCCGGAUAAUGAGGCUGUUCAAGCUCACCCGCCACUCGUCCGGGCUCAAGAUACUGAUGCAGACGUUCCGGGCGUCCGCCAAGGAGCUGACGCUGCUGGUGUUCUUCCUGGUGCUGGGCAUCGUCAUAUUCGCCAGCCUGGUGUACUACGCGGAGCGCAUCCAGGCCAACCCGCACAACGACUUCAACAGCAUACCGCUGGGCCUGUGGUGGGCCCUGGUCACGAUGACCACCGUCGGUUACGGCGACAUGGCCCCCAAGACGUACGUGGGCAUGUUCGUCGGGGCCCUGUGCGCCCUGGCCGGCGUGCUCACCAUCGCCCUGCCCGUUCCCGUCAUCGUGUCCAACUUCGCCAUGUACUACUCGCACACGCAGGCCCGGGCCAAGCUGCCGAAGAAGCGGCGCCGGGUGCUGCCCGUCGAACAGCCCCGGGGGCCCAGGCUGCUGGGCCCGGGACAGCCGCCCCAGCAGCAGAUCAACCAGCCCGGGUGCGGUUCGGGCGGCACGGGCGUCGGCGGCGGCCUACCGCCGAACGUGGCCGGAGCGCCGGUCAACACGACGGGCGUGCCGGCCGUCAACCGGCGGAUGAACGCCAUCAAGAGCAAUCAUCCCAAAGACGGAGCGGCACCCAAAGUCGUUGGCGUCGCGAUGACAUUGAACCCGAAUGGUGUUGGAGUUAAAGCUGAACCAGUGAUGUCCACUGGUGUUGGCGGCGUCAGUGGUCCGAGGAAACAGUCGGCCACAAAGACGUGAAUGGCUACGGCGAAUUGCCAUGGUAGUGGAACGUUUAUUCUAAAAUAUGAGUGGAAAUCAAGGAUCAAAAUCGUUUAUUAUUAAGUUUCGUUGUUUUUUCGCAAGAAAACAAUAUACACUCUCGUUACGAUGUAUUGUAUUAUAUAAUAUAAUUUGUAUUCCGAGUAUUAUUAUUAUUUAUUACUAUACAACGGCAGUAGGUAUAUUUAUUUAUAAUAUUAUUGUUAUAAUUAUUAUUAUUAACUUUAGAGAGACUCCAAUCCUAUAAUGAUGUACAAAUUUGUCUUUAAAUACUAAAACUGCACGCACACACAAAAAAACGACCAAAACACGACCAAGUAAUGUGUAUGCAUUAAGUUCCGACCAAAGAUCCACAACGUUUGAAGGUUAGGUAACCUAAACUACACGGGCAGCAGUCACUAAUUAGUUUAAUAUUGUAUUUGCGCCCCCUCUCAUUGUCAUCGUUAGAGUAAUAAUAUUAUAAUACAACUUCUCGUUGCUAUUGUAUUCGCAUCGAGCAACAUAUGGUGUAAAUAUAUUUUUUUUUACGCAAUAUUUCAUUUUUGUUAAAGGUUUAGUCUUAUCGUUAAAAUUCAUUUAUAUUAUCGAGAUUAACAAAUCGUCGUUUAUCAUAAAAACCAUGGUCAUUUGGCUGUAUAUAAUAUUAUAAUACAUACGGAUUACGGGGUAUUUUUUUUUUUUGACGCGAGACACUCAUAAAACGUCGUCACAAUAUUAAUUAUACAUAAAUAGUUAUAAGUAGCCAUGUCAUUUAUAGUAUUAAUAUGUUUGAAAUUAAAA